CUCACUUCCCCCCUUGGUGGUCCUCCUCUUUAUAUCUCUCUUAUCACAUUCUCCUAUUCUUCAUAUCUUAUAUCCAACACACUCCUCCUUCUUCUUCUUCCUCUUCUACCUUUUUCCUUUCUUGCCGAACCAAACAUUUUCUACACAUAGUUCCUUUUCUUCCCCAUUUGCACAUCUUUUCCUUUAUAUAUAUCUCUAGCUAUAGCUUGCUAGUCCCUUAAAUAUAUAUAUUAAACCCCUAGGUAGCUAGGAUUACCAAGGGUAAAAUUAACAUUUCUUGGUUUUUGCUCAUUAUUUGAAGCAGCAGACAGAUAAACCUUAGUGUUUAAUUAAUCCAAGAUGUCCAGCAGAAGGUCGAGGCAGUCAGCAAGUGUUUCGAGGAUUUCAGAUGAUCAGAUCAUUGAACUUGUCUCCAAGUUACGCCAACUUCUUCCUGAGAUUCGCGAUAGGCGAUCUGACAAGGUAUCAGCAUCCAAGGUUUUACAAGAGACUUGCAAUUACAUUAGAAGCUUGCAUAGGGAGGUGGAUGAUCUAAGUGAGCGACUGUCCCAGCUCUUGGCUACAAUUGAUUCAGAUAGUGCUGAGGCUGCCAUAAUUAGGAGUCUAAUUAUGUAAUAAUAUACUCCUUUUAUUAAUUUUUCUGCCUUGUACUUUCUUACUAGGUUUUGGUCACUAGAUCAAACAAAAAUUAGAGUAUAUUUUAAGAUGCCCCCCAUGUGGAAGGGUGUCCAGUGUAAGUACUUUGUAUAAUAAAAGGACUUGCACUAGCAAAGCCUUUAAAAUUUUAUGGUAAUACUAUUACUUUUGUUGGCGUAAGACAAGCUUAAAUAAUUUGUUUA